CGAUCGCCACUCAGUUCCCCUGCGUCGCUUGUCUCGACAUCUUCCCACUUUUCAAGUAUAACACCCGGGCGCUUCUCUAAUAUGUACUUUGGGAGACGGUAACGUGCCGCAGUAAAAGACCGGUGGAGUUUAUUAUUAUUUUUUCAUUCAAAAAAUUUCGUUUCGAGCUCGACAUUAUGGCCCUGCGCCUUCUCAAACUGACGUUGUUACUCUCAGCGAUUCUGCUAGCUUCGGCAGCGGAGGAUCAAUCGAAGAGUCGGGGUAAACGUCAGCAGUUGUCGUAUCAUCCGCGACGAGUGGGUAAACCACCCCCUUACGCAGUGCAAAUGGAGCCACCAGUGCGAUACUCCCAGCGAGAUCCCCUGUACAAUCCCCUGGCAAGUGCUAAGAGUGAUGACUUCAUCUACGACGAGCCCCACCACCACAACCCCUACAGCUCCGAGCCCGAGCCAAUCAUCGAAAUAAUCAUCAAGGAAUCGAACGAAACCCUUCCCACCCCAGUGCCUCCCUCUCACCCACCGGUGCGUCCCACAAAAGAGCCGAUUCAGGUGUUCUACGUUAAAUACGAGAAAAAGGAUCAGGGUGAUGGAAAAUCGAAGGUGAUUUACGACACUCCAGUGCCAGCAUUGAAUCCUCACGAGGAGCACGAGGAGAUAAAGACCGAGGGUGAGAGUUACGAUAAUGAGCCAGUGUCUUACGUUACCCCGACGCCACUUAAGGAGCCAACGACAACAUUACGCGCUAUCAUACGCCCAGAGAGUGAGUCUUAUCACGCCGGUGGCAGUGGAAUUCGUGUGACAUUCGGUAGCGAGCAAUUACCACCGAACAGUCACAACAAACGCAGCGAUGUAGAAGGGCAGAAAAAAAUUUCCCCACCCUCCCCGCCCCCGACCACAUCGAGAAAGCAGCACGGUCCAUACCCACCACCGCCCAAUUCUCCCCGCGUACCACCGGCAUUUCCCCAACAGCGGAUCGUCAAUUCUUUUCCCCCUCAACAGCAGUUGCCUCAAAAUUACCCUAUCCAGCCGCAUUUCCAGGGACCUCCACCGAGGUUUCAACGGCCGGCGAUAAGUAUUCAAGGUUUACCGGAAGUGCAGCAACGCCUGCCGUUCCAGACAUUCAAUCAAGGCCACCGAGUUGCCAUCAGUCAUCCCCAGCAGCCGGGUUUCCCACCCGCGUUGUCAGUGUCACAUCAGAAUGUGAAUUUGCAAAAUCAACCGUCCCAAUUUUUACCGCAACCGAGCUUCGUCGAUCAGAGUUAUCAUCAGCAACAGGUGCAAUUGUACCGGCAACAGGAGGAGGAAAAGCAGAGGUAUCACGAGCAGAGGAGACAGCAGGAGUCGCAGAGACAGCAGGAAUUGCAGAGGCAACAGGAGCUGCAGCGACAGCAAGAGCUGCAGAAGCAGCAGGAGUUACAGAGACAGCAAGAUUUGCAGAGACAACAGGAGUUGCAGAGACAACAGGAGUUGCAGAGACAGAAAGAAAUUCAGCGACAGCAGGAGUAUCAAAGGAUAAAGCAGGAGAAUAAAAUUCGUGAGCAACAGCAGCAGCAGCAGCAGCAGUUUAACCAACUCCCUAAUUUCCCACAGAAUCAUCAGAUAUUGCUGAACAAUCGGGUGCCAUCACAACCGCAACAUCAUCGCGAAGUGGAGAAACCCAGUGAGAUUUUGAAAGCAGUUCCGAAAUUGGAGCAGCAUUACGCCAUUAGAGAGAAUCCCCAUCACCCCGGGCCCUUCCCUCCCAACGCUCAACAGUUGCCCCUGCAAUUCACUCAGAACAACCAGAACAACUUUGUACAACAGCACGCACAAGUGCAGCAUACAAAUGCUGUUGGCAUUCAGCAAUCGUCUCUAUUGUCCAAUCAUGGAAAUUACGUAUCGACAACGAUUACACCAUUGAGCCAGACGCCGAGUUCGCCUCCGAGGCACCAGGGAAACCAGCAAUUCUUCUCUCAGAAUCUUGGACAGGCUCAGUACCAGCAGGUGCAUCAACCUCUGGCCUCGGUGUGGGGUCGACCGAUAUUCAAGGAUAAUAAGCAGAAGAUUUACGCAACCCCAGUGACUCAUACAACUUCACAGCCUAAACCAAUUCAGAGACCGGUUACAACCACCACACGAGCACCACCAACAACAACGACAACGACCACAACCACUGCAGCUCCAACCACCCCCAGGAAUGAAGCCAAGAUCAAGGAGAAUAUUGCCAAUCUGCCAGAGGAAGUGCCUGAUGACAUCAGGCAACAACUCCUGAGCUCUGGAAUUCUCGGUAAUGCUGACAUUCAGGUGCUCGAUUACGAUAAAGUCGGUGGUAUAAAUAUUGAGAAUCUACCACCUGAAGCACUGGCCAAUUUCUACGGUGCUGGUGGUGGUGGUGUUGUAUCAGCUAGCGAGCCAAUACCGUCAAUCACGAAGUAUCAAAAAACUAGUGGAGCAGGACUGACACCCAAGAAGGUAACGAGCAAAGUUGAACAGGCAACACUCAAGCCCGGAGGUGUAGAAAUGAAAGUAGUACGGUUUGACCCAAAUACAGCACAAGGCCAAGCGAUAGCUGAUCAGCACAUACGUGAAGAUGCUACUCAUCUGAAACCGGUAACAGUGGGAUCGAGAAAUGAUGGACAGUACAAUCGUUAUUUACCAUUAAAAGUGAGCGGUACAUCCUUUCCGAUUCCCGAUGUACCGGAAUUGAAGGAUCGCAAGAUAUCAAGCGUCGUUGUACUUGCACCUGUUGAUUACAGUGGUGAAGAGCAGGAGGUGGACAGACAAUCGAGGAAAUUAGCGGAGCCAAUGCCAGUUAAAUUUUUAGCUGGUGAUACGUUGAAACAACUCAUUAAGAAACCCAGCGUUGAUAAUUAUAAAAAAUGGCUGGAGCAGGAGAGGAGGACAGAACCGCAGAAGCAGUCGGUCGUUCUUCUGGUAACGACGCCCAAUGAUCAGCGGGAGGGGGAUAAAGAGAUCUUCAUGUACGAUGUGUCAACGCAAACUGUCAGCAAACUCUCGGGCGAUUUGUCAUCGGCUUUUGUGGACGCCGCGGAAAGCAACGCCGACAGUCACGAUAGCAUUGACGAUUCAUCCUUCACGCAUUGAGAGACGUGAGAAUUGGAUGAAGGGAAAGGAAGCAGUUGAAUGAAUGAAAAGAUACCGGAAGAAAUGAAAAAGAGUCUGUUCACCGGAAUUUAAUUGAACGGCUUAAUGAAUGCCAUUUUGCCCGCCAAGGCUUUGACUCUGCGUUGCACGUCGAUCGAAUGGGACACUUGUGAAAUGAUCUUUUGUAUUCAUUUUCUCACUUAAAUAAGUGGUGAAUGGAUAGAUGGUUGAUUUAAUUAACCGAAAGAUCAGAUUUUAUUCCACGACACGUGUUAUGUAGAUAUUUCCUCCUAUUAUGAUGUAUAUAUCCUACGCCUUUUUAUACCUUUUGUACUUAAAUAAAUGCUAUUUUUUCGUAA